AACGCCCGUUUGUUUGUUUAUAAAGAAUGUUUACCCCGGCAGCCGACAGGUAGACUAAGUGCGUUAACAUAAAAUGUGAUACGUUCUGUGCGUAGAGAAUCAUUAUCUAUCGCAUGCUUGACCGGCCUAGUUGUAGAGAUCCGUAGGGUGGCAGUAACAGUGUAAAGAAUGCUAAGCCUACCGAUCGUUGCCUGUUUGCUGAUUAUCAUUGGACCGGAGCCUUCGACGGAACGAACGCUGAGUUAUUUGCGGAAUAAGCCGAAACAGUGCGCACCAUUACCGGACCCGGUGCUGUCGGAUAUUUUAGGACCGGCGUUUAAUUCGCGCUACAUGAGCAUCGAGCGGCCGCCGGUGAUGGAAGACGAGCCCAUUCAUGGGGAGGGUGAUGGAAAGCGGGGCGUAUCGAAGGGUCUUUAUCCAUCGUUUUAUGUCGAAGAGGAUCAUUUGGUGGAGUUGGGAAAUAACCCAGCAUGGGCAGUUAAUCACACCAGAGAAACCGAUAACCCCGUGCUACGCAAACCACGGAGCGCCUACAAUGCACUGUUGAACGAUAUGGGCCGAGAGAGCGGCUCUUCACGGCCCAUCCGGGGACGAGGCCAGAAAAAGCCCAUCUCCAAACCGUGGGAGUGUGAAGGAAAAAUCCGGUGGAUCGAUCUAGGGUACGAGUACUAUCCACAGUACCUGAGGACGGUCGAGUGCGUGAAGAAGAGCUGCUGGUAUGGACAUUAUCACUGUGUACCACGAUCGUUUACGAUCAAAAUUCUCCGUCGACGCACCGGUGAAUGCGUACCAGCUGGACAGCUCCAGAACAUCGGCGUUGACGGACUGCCUGAGGAACUCCGUGAACUGUGGGUGUGGGAAGAACAUGCCGUCAACUUUUGUUGCGACUGUGCGGCACACUAGGACAACGUUUAGAUGGGAGUGACCACCGGUCCAUACUUCUACUGUAACUGAACGGCACACCAAGACAAUGUACAGCCAUUCCGGCUGGAUCAUGUAUAUAGUUUUUAUGUAAGCCUAAAUAGUGAUGUUUACUCGUUUUAAACUAACAACUAUUUGUA